GAGGCCGUAAGGCAGCCCACGGAGGUCUGCUUUACUACCAAGAGGUGUCUGGAUUGUUGUGGACACUGUCUACAAUCUGGAGGCCAGACUAUUAUAAUUGUUGAGGGGUGGGGAGUUGGUGGGCGGAGAUCACGGCCAGCCUGGUCUACAGAGCGCGUUCCAGGAUAGCCAGGGCUGCACCAAGAAAUCCUGUCUCAACAAACACAAACCCUUCAGGUUUCACUGGAAAUAUUUUUUUCAGUCUGCUAUAUGCGCUUAUAGAGUGCUGUGGGUUUUUUUUUUAAUCUUAGGAACACCCAUAAUUAAUCAUUAUUUUGUCUUCCCAGUCACUCUCCAAUCCACAUCCUGACUUCAGUGAAUUGGGCUAAUCUGUUUGUACACGUCUAAAGGCGAUAAAAUAGGAAUUAGAAAAUACUUCCUGGCAUUUCUUAAAACAAGUAGUCUCGAUAUUUUCCAUUACUUUUUUAAGAAUUUAAUCACUCCGCUAAAACCUAUCCUUGAGUUAGUGGUUGCCUGAUAUGGGAGAAGAGUGGUCCACAAACCUAAUUCCAAUCGAACUUCAAUUUUCUUAGAGGGACUGAAUUCUCAGUAAGUGGAUACCAGAGUCCGACCCGGAAAUACCCGUCCUCUUUCGGUCCGGCCCUUUGCAGCGAGAGGCGGGACUUCCGAUCUCACUUUUUCCGGAGGCGGUGCUUUCUUCUCGGUGCGGGAGGUUCAAACUGCUACCUCGAUGUUUUGUUUUUCCUUUUCGUCUCCGGCUCGCCGCUGCUGCCUCAGCCGCCCGGACUUGAACGAAAGUCUCAAUCGAAACACUUCUUGUGUCCAUGUCUUCCGCAGAUGAGAUUAUUUUCCUUCAUCAAGAAGUAUCACUCGGAAGUUACUAGAUUACGGAAGUAACCCCGGAGAAGCAGUCGCGAAGGACACGGUUUCUGCCAUUUGAGCAAAACAGAGGUCGGUCAGAGGCCUUGGCUUCUCUCCCAUCGAUGUGGAAAACAACCUCCCAGCAGCCCAGAACUGCCUGCCGCGCUAUGUUCUGAACAGUGGAGUGAAGCCGUAGGGGUUACUCAAAGCUUUUAAGGAGAUCAUUAGAUAACGGAGGUCUGCGCCGAAGUGUGGCAGAGCUGGGCGUAGGAAUGGCAGCGGAAGUACGAAUGGUGCUUUACGAGGAUGACUCGGUGCAGGUGCGGUAUGCUGAUGGCUCCACACUGCAGCUCUCUCCUUGUGGCUCAGAGUUUCUGUUUGAAAAGGCGCCUGCUCUUUCUACACACCCUUUAGAACAGCCUGAGCGAAUUCGUCAGCGGACACACUUUGUCAUUAGCACCUACCGGGAGCAGCUUCAGCGAGCCCUGGAUUUUCGAAACUCUUCGGCUACAUGCCCCUUUUUAUCUGAAAGCCUCAUACCUCCUGAGAGAAAAAAGCAUAUCUUCAUUGAUUUCUCCGAAGUAAAAUGGCCCGGUCUUGCUGGAGACAACAGCGUCACAUAUUCGGAGAGCGGCGCCGUGAAGAUAACGUCACUGGAUGGGCACGCGUACCUUUGCCUGCCCAGAUCUCAGCAUGAAUUUACAGUCCAUUUUCUGUGUAAAGUGAGCCAGAAGCCAGACUCCUCCGUGGUACUCCCUGAAACAAAUGAUCGUGUCCCAAAAGAUAAACUAGUUGGAAAGACCACAAAAUUCUGCACGUGUGGAAGUUCAUCAGGACAAAGAUUAAAGACUAAAGAAAAUGAACUUCAUCGCCAAGUCUUGAAAUCUAAAGAAGCUUCAGCGAGCAUGUAUUGUGUGAAUGGAACUGAGGGGAAGGAGGGGCUGCCGUCCCCAAGCACAAGGCACAGAUGUGUGUACGCGUGGAUGAAGCAGCGUUGGUCUGUCGCCUCCUGUCCAGAGCAGUGGAAAUAUCCUCUGUCUCUAGCGCUUCGUUUUCAUAACAAAGUUAGUGUUGCGUCUAAAACUGAUGCAGAUUUCCCUGCAAGUGGAAGCAUAACUUCUGACACUGUAGAAGAAAGUGGAAAAGAGGUUUCUGUUCUUCCCAGAGCCCUGUUACUCAGCUGCCCUGCCCCACACAUGCACAGGUGGAACUUCUGUGACUCACUUUUGCAGAGACAGUCUGAUGGAGAAGACUAUUCCUAUCCUGAGCUCGUGAAGGUGGUGUGGUGCCAGGGUGUGACGUACAGGCUUACCCAUAAAAAUGUAAACUCGAUAGAGAUUUAUCCUGGAGAUGGAUCAGUUUUCAAAUCAGAAGGGCCUUAUAUUGGUAACUAUUUUACAUAUUAUUCGAGUCAAAAAGAAUCAGAAAAGAGAGAAGAAAAAACUUACUCCAUAAAUAACCUUCCUCCAGACAGACCAGGAAGUCUCUUCUCUGUACGUUCUCUGAUUAAACAGGCAACCAGAAUUCUUCAACACUGUGCCAAGACGAGGCUUUCACUAAGCCACAACUAUCAUGUCUGCUGCUGGAAAAUGGUACCUGAAGUAAAUGCUAACAAUCCCCUGCCCGUGCUUCUGAAGGAGUCUCUCAUACCCAGUGUGGGGAGAUUUCUUGCCUACUCUGAUGACAAAGUUCACGCUGUCUUUUUAGAUGGCGUCACUCUAACACUGAAUUGGAAUUUCAGCUCCUCUGCUGAAAACAGAGAAGUAAAUCAAGGUCUGACCUUGGGUUGGUGCAGAUUAACUUUUCCUGAUGGGGAGGAUCAGCUAAUUCAAGCUGAGCAUCCUGGAGCAUAUGAAAGAUAUGUGACAUCAGUAACAUCAUGGUGCAGAAGACUAACCCAGACUAGUGUAAGACAGGCGCCCAAACAGCUGUCACCUGUUCUCAAAGAAAACUGGUCUGUUGCUUCUGAGCUUGAGAAAAUACAGAAAUUUAACUUGCUCCUGGAAAGCAGUGGUAUCCUCCACUUGACUUCUGGCAAGAAAAAUGAACAGUGUUCUGAUAACCGUACGUCAGAAUCUUCAGAGACCCUGCUAGAAGCAACUAAUAAAGAGAGUGUAUCGGUAGCAUUGAAAAGAACUUCUGAAAUCCUUCAGGAUAUUGACUAUCUCCUGUCAAACUCUAGAAAGUGAAAAAUGGAAUUAUUGCAACAGCAAAUCUUCAGGUUGUUUCAUAUUACUGGUAUAAAAUUGCUCGUAACCCAAGGAAUUGCAAAUGCUACUUCUGUAGAAUGUGCAGAACUGAUUUAACUUUGAUUGUGUUUUACCUAACGUGUAAAUUUUAGUGUGUAUGUAUUUAUAUAUAUAUGCAUUUUAAAUAAAAAACUAUUUUGAAAUUUUGAA